CCAUAUAUUAUUAAAAAUGCAUUUAUAAAUAAAAUACAGAACUGGGAACAGUUAUGAGGUUUAGCCUAGUGACAAGUAAAUUCAACUUACGUUGUUUUUCGACUUAAGUCUCCUCUCCUGGGACCAAUUACCGACAUAAGGCAAUUACCAAUUACCGACAUAUAUAUAUAAGAAGAACAAGAGGAAGUUUGGGACAGUUUCCCAUAAGACAUAGUACAAUAAAAAUGUGUUAACUCAUUUGUAAUGAACACCACAAUGCUGUAAAUGGUAUCUAAAUAUUCUAACACAUUAUACCUUUACACAUCUAUCUAUAUGACUUUAGUUAUAUAAUGUAAUGAUAUAUGUUAUUUUAAUACAAAUGGAUCACAUAUUUGUAAAAUCUAAGUGACUCAUACAACAUGGAAUUCAUAUAAAACAGAAUUAUUAAUAGUAUUAUAGGGGGGCGACUGUAUAUACGUUAAAAUAUAAAGAUGUUGGUGUAUUAAUCAGUUUUUUUUUUAAGAUUAAUGUUAUACAUUAUAAUAACAUCUUCAAUAUCACAAAUAAUUCCAACAUUUCCAGAUAAUAUUCAAGUCAAAUGUGAAUUAUUGCAAUUUUUAUAAUUUUCCUUUUAUCUCUUUCAAAAAAUUAAUUUUGGUACAUAAUGCUUAUUUUCUAGGGCAAAUUACAGUACUAUAAAAAUCAGAUGCACUAAAAGACUUUGGGUUUACAUCUUAUCUUCUGGGAACUAAGGAAGCAAAACUCAAAAGAUCUGAUUUUUGUAUUUUGCUUCAGGAAAACUAAGUAUUUUAUAUAAAAUCAUACAUUUGAGAGAUUUUAUGACAAGAGUGUUCAAAAAAUAAUCAAAUAAUUUUUUAAAUUGAAAUUAAUAAUAUAAUUAUUUAUAAUUUCAGGUACAGAGAAAUGAAUUAAAUGAACAAAUUAUUUUGCAGUUAUUUCAAACUAUUAUUACUAUAUAUAAUGUCAAAUCUGUUACACAAGAAAACGUUUUAAUUAUAUUUAAUAAAAACCUUUUAGAGAAACAAUUUAUGAGUUUUAUUUGGCAUUGUAGAGCUCUUUCAAUGAAUUUUCUUAAGUAAGUAUAUGAAAUUUAAAACUGACUGGAAUUAUUUUUCUGAUUUGAAACAAAAUAAAAUUCAAACUGUUGUUUUUAUGGAAACAUAGAUUUAGAAUCUGAUUAAUUAUUACUUUAUUUUUUUAAUAUUAAAUGUAUAUUUGUUAUAUUCUAUAAAAUAAAAUAAAGGCAACCCAUAUUUAAUAUAGUGUACUUCUAUAAAAUUUUCUCCGAUGAGGCUAGAGAAUUGCAGAAAUUUUGGCCUAAUACAGUAUUUUUGAGCUUUAAUGUGGGAUUCUCUGUUAUUUUGUUGGAUAUAAUUUUACAUCUUUUUAAUAUUUUUUUCUGAAUCUUGACAUUAUAUUAUGUAUAAUCUUAACACUCGUUACAUUAAAAUAUUGUUACAUUGGAUUUUGAAGAAAAUUGAUUCUGAAUCUGUUGAGGUGGGAGGCAUGGAAACAUUUUUCAGUUGUGACAGUCUUGAAACCAGAGCUUUAUUGCUCAAGGAAGUACAGCCAUCAACACUUAGAGUUGCAUUAAUGCAUAGGCAUGCUUAGCCAUGGGAGGCCCUUGCCUACUUAAGGAUCUGAUUGAAAAUAAGUGUACAUAAGUUAUAUAGUGGCAGUCACCCCAUCCAAUUUCAGCAUUCCUUUAUUUCAUACUUUUCUUGGAAAAACUACACAAAUGGUGUGCUUUGCAUAAUAAAGUACACAAAAUAAUUUGAACUCACAUGUAUCUACAGUAAACAUUAAAAUAUCACUGGAGUGAUUCAUAUACUAAGUGUGCCCACUUUAGGGUUAAGCAAAAUAAGUAAUUACUAAAGUCAAAUUACUAAUUAUUGUUAUUAAAGAAAGCAGACAAUACAGUCUUCUAAAUAAGUGUGUGUGUACAUGCCUUAUUUAAUUUUCUGCUAAUUUUCUUUGACUUUCUGAAUCUCACUCUCAUGCAUAAUGUUUCAAUACUUCAAAACCACUUUUCAUAUGCCAAAUUUGCAUUUUUGUAUACUUUCAGCUAACAGACAAAAAUUUUGAACUAUAUAAUGGUACUUUCUGCCAGUUUUAGUUAACAGUAACAUCAAACUCAUUUUUGAAAAUUUUUAUUGUUUGUAUAAACUGUGGUUUUCAUAUUUUAAAUAAUAACUUAUGUAUUGUGGCACAUUUUUGCUAUAAGAACAAAAACUUUUCUAUCUUAAGAGAUAUAAUUUUUCUUUUUAGUUCUCUGGGAACAGAACUCUUUUUUAUCAAGUACAGCUCUAUCAUUCAAUUUUAGUACAUAGUUGUAGGAAUGCAUUAAAUUCAAAAGUCAGGACUGCCUCUUUAAGAAUAUCAGAGAUAAGAGCAAUAUUUUAUUAAAGCAUUUAUUACUUACUUUCCUCAAAGAAGAUAAUGCUAUGUUUGAAAACUAUUUUAAAGAUGUUGAAAUGGGAAUUGAUUAUUUAGAUGAUACAUUUGAUACAUGCCAUUUUAUUUUAUCCCAUUGUGCAAUAACAGAAAAUGAUUCCACAUUAUUUGCAGCACAAUCUACGUAUCUUUUAAUAUGUUACAUUUGCUUUCUACAUGGUGACAAAAUUUUAUCAACAUAUUCUCUUGAAUUGCAUCUAAUUAUUUUCAUAAGAAAUAUUUCUGAAGUUUCUGUAAAUCCAUUUCUUUGUAAACUUCUGUUAUUCUUAAUAGCAAUAAUUGUAAAUGAAAAAAUUAAAACUACAAAUAUGAUAAGUACAGAAAUUAAACAAGCUUCAUUAAAGCUUAAAAAGGCCAUACUGCAGCUUGAAAAUCCAAGUCUUACUUAUACUCAUCAUAAAGAUGUACUUUUAUGGACUAUUUUAUUUAAAGAUGAAGAUGGUGAUUUUUUAAAAUUUAUUAUAUAUGAAUGGCUAAAAAACUGUAAAAUUUAUAAAACAGCUGAUGACGAAGAAAGUUCUGAUAUGGAAUUUCUUUUUGAGAAUAUUUUUAAAGACACAAAACUACAAAAAAAUUUUAUAGAGUUAUUUGCUAUCAAUUCCAUUGAAGAUUCAAUUGAUAUGAGUAGUUUCUUGAAAAUAUACUUACAAAAAUUGAAAAUUCAAGACAGAGACUGUGGAAAUAAUACACUGUUUAGAAUAAUUGAAAUAUUGGUCAACAAAUUACCUUAUAUUCUAGUGAAAUGCUUUAUGAAUAUUAAUUCAAAAGAAAAUAUAGCUAUAGAAAUGAAGAUAAAAUCACUGUUAGGUUUAUUAGUAUGGUGUCAACAAAAUAACAACUUAAGUAUAUCUACAUCUCAAGAUGAUUUAAAGCUUAUUUUCCAAGUAUUGAAUUACUUAUCUUUUAAUCAUCCAAGCAAGCAUUUCCUUUCAAUCAUCUGGCAAUAUUUACAUUCUACAACUACUAACUUAUUAGAUUUCAGGAAUAUGAAGUCAUUAUUUUCAAAAAUUGUAUGUCAGCCUAUAAUAUCCCAAUUGGAAGAAAGUAUUAACAUAAAUGAUGAUGUCUGUACUACUGCAGCUCUUGCUUUCUUAUCUGGUUUAAUUAUAUACUACUCAAAAUAUAAUUUAAAGAUAAGACAACACAGAGUGGUGAUAACAAUGAAUCAAAUGUUACAUUGGUUACAGGACAAUACAUUGAAGAGUCACUUAUAUAUUUUGCAGAUUUUAAAAGAACUUAUAAAUUAUAAUUUUGAACAUCCAAUUAUAUUUCUAAAAAAAGAUUACAUUUUGGCUAAUGAUGAUAAUUCACUAUUUUUGAAAAAGGAUGACUUUAGAUUAUUUUUUCUAGCAAUAUUAAAUAUUAUUGUAAAGAUGAAUGACAUUGUAAGUCUUGAAGCAGUAUAUUGUCUCAAAAAAUUAUUGGAGUAUUUAAAAAACAAAAAUUCUUUUCUUGGAGAUCACUUAAUGUCACUUCCUUGGCUGAAAAUAGUUAUUGAAACAAGAUCCAUAGAUUCAAGAAAAGAAAAUGAUGAAAUUAGUUGGAGGUUAUUACUUUUGUGUUUGAAAUCCUCAAUGAUCAAUGAAUCAUUAGUGAAGCAUGUUGUUUAUAAUGCAAUGCAACUUGCAUCAAUAAAUGUAAAAGAAGUGAAUACAUUUAUUUUAAAGGAAAUCAUUCAUGAAUUGUGCACAGGAACAUAUAAUAAAUUCUUACAAUCUGAUGUUAAAUCAAAAUUGCAAGAAAUUUUAAAAUAAGUGUAUCAUCUUAAGUCAUAUCAUAAGAAAUAACAAAUGUUAUGUUCACAAAAAUUAUUUAUAUAACAUAUAUAUAUUGUUGUGUGUGUGUGGUUUUCAAAAUAAUAAUUCUUUUUUACAAACAAUUUUUCUGUGCUUUUUUUUAUUCUCAUUUGCAAUAAACAAUAAAAUAAACUUUUUAUUAUACAUAAUUCUUAAAGAUAAGUAUAACAGUUUAUAUUUAGUCAUAGAUGAUAUUUUAAUAAUAAUUUCAAAAAAGUAAAGUGAAUUUUAUUACUUUAUUAACAAUAUUAACAAAAUUAUACACCUACAAGAAAAUACACUAGAAUCAUAUUUAAAUGGUCCCCAUAUUAAUCCCAAUAUGCUCAUGUAACAUUAGAAUAAUUUGGCAGUAUAGAACAAAUUUUAUAUUUAUGGAUUUUUCAGUUGAGCAAAUUAGUUUUGUUGUUCCAAAAAUAAAUUUUAUUAAUAAAGCAAUAUAUUUAGUUCAAUAAUUGCAUAUGCUAUCUGUUAUAUAAAAAUAUACAUUAUAUGACAUUUAGCAGGUAUUAAAAUAAAAAUAUACAUAUAUAAUAUAUGACAUCAUGUCAAUAUAUUUAAGCAAUUUAUAUAAAGUUAAAUUGUAUCACUUAGUAAAAUGAUAGAUGCAUUGCUAAUAAGAAUGGAAGCAUAAAGC